CUUGUCCUGAGUGUGGGGAAAUGUUUUUCACAGAAGUCCAGUCUGCACAAACAUCAGAGAUCUCACACGGGGGAGAAGCCAUUUUCCUGUCCUGAUUGCGGGAAAUGUUUUUCACUGAAGUCCCAUCUUUCCAGGCAUCAGAGAUCUCACACAGGGGAGAAGCCGUAUUCUUGUCAGUGCGGGAAAUGUUUUUCAGAGAAGUCCAGGCUGCAGAAGCAUCAGAGAUCUCACACAGGGGAAAAGCCAUAUUCUUGUCCUGAGUGCGGGAAAUGUUUUUCACAGAAGUCCAGUGUGCACAAACAUCAGAGAUCUCACACAGGGGAGAAGCCGUAUUCUUGUCCUGAGUGCGGGAAAUGUUUUUCACAGAAGUCAAGUCUUUACAGCCAUCAGAGAUCUCACAUGGGGGAGAAACCGUAUUCCUGUCCUGAGUGCGGGAAAUGUUUUUCACAGAAGUCCAGUCUUCACACACAUCAGAGAUUGCACACGGGGGAGAAGCCAUAUUCCUGUCCUGAGUGUGGGAAAUGUUUUUCACAGAAGUCCUAUCUUUACACACAUCAGAGAUUGCACACAGGGGAGAAUCUGUAUUCCUGUUCUGAGUGUGGGAAAUGUUUUGUAGAAAUGUCAGAUCUUGUCAUACAUCAGAGAUCUCACACGGGGGAGAAGCUGUAUUCCUGUCCGGAGUGUUGGAAAUCUUUUUCAGUGAAGUCUAAUCUUUAUAAACAUCAGAGAUCUCACACGGGGGAGAAGCAGUUUUCCUGUCCUGAAUGCUGGAAAUGUUUUUCACAGAAGUCCUAUCUUUACACACAUCAGAGAUCUUACACGGGGGAGAAGCCACAUUCUUGUCCUGAGUGCUUGAAAUGUUUUUCAGACAAUUCCCAUCUUUACAGACAUCAUAGGCUGCACACGCAGGGAGAAGCCGCAUUUCUGUCCUGA